AUGCUCUUGCUUUUUCUGACUUUCAACUACCCAGUCCUUAUUAAUGCUGAUCUUAAACUAAUAGAAAUAUACAGGCAAAUACUCGGCGAUAGUAAUUACACCGAAAUUAUUGAUUCGUGGAAUUACUGUAUGACGAUUUGUUAUUGGGAUGUAAAUUGUUUGGCUGUGCACAAAGUAGGAGAUGGAUGUCGACGAUUUUCAUAUGGAAAUAUUACAAUUGAACGAUUUGAGCAGUCGUCUGAAUCCAUUGUAGCUUUUAAGCGAAACGAGACAUCGGAUCAGUGUCCUUUUCUCGCUUUUAACACAACGGAGUUGGAAUGGCUCAAUAAUGACGUCAUCCACAAUUUGAAAUUUUCCACUGAUGACUUGUACUAUCGCUUUGAGUUAACUCGCAGUGUGUGCCCUAAAAAUUCAACUGUGUUUCCAAGAACCACUAAGAACGGAGUAUUGCAUGUUUGCCUUGAAGUUCGCUACUUUCCUGAUGGUGCUGGUAAAUCCUACGAUGAUGCUCGAGAAUUGUGCAAGGAGGAUAAUGGGGUGAGCCUGACUGGGCCAGCACAGAAUUCGGAGAGAGAAUUUGUUAAAGCAUCAGUUCUUCAAAGAAAAGAGUUUAUAUUUCUUGAUGGACGUGCGCUCAAUCACAAUGAACCACUAAACUUUGAGUUUGAAGAUGAAACUCACGACGGAAGGGAAAACUACGGUUUCAAUAUCGGAGAUCCAAACAGCGAGACAGUUCCAAAUUACAUAGUGGUCCAAUAUCAGCAGACAGGCGCCUAUGCUAUUGAUAUAGAGUAA